CCUGACUGUGCGUUUGUGCUGCAGAUCUCGGUGCUGGGGACGCCUGCGGAAGAGCAAGGAGGAGGGAAGAUAGAGUUGAUAAAGGCUGGAGCGUUUGGCGGCCUGGAUGUGGUUUUUAUGGCACACCCCUCGCAAGAAAACGCGGCUUACCUGCCCGAUGUGGCCGAGCACGAUGUGACUGUGAAAUACUAUGGAAAAGCUUCUCAUGCUGCUGCUUAUCCUUGGGAAGGAGUUAAUGCAUUAGAUGCUGCUGUUCUUGCAUACAACAAUCUGUCUGUUUUAAGACAGCAAAUGAAACCGACCUGGAGAGUUCAUGGUGUAAUAAAAAAUGGUGGUGUGAAACCUAACAUCAUUCCUUCUUACACUGAACUAGAGUUUUACUUGCGUGCCCCUUCGAUUAAAGAUCUUUCUGUUCUGACAGAGAAGGUUGAGAACUGCUUCAAAUCUGCAGCACUGGCCACAGGAUGCAAAGUGGAAAUAAAAGGUGGUGAAAAUGAUUACUACAAUGUACUUCCAAAUAAGAGCCUGCAGAACGUUUACAAGGAGAAUGGAAAGAAGCUUGGAAUAGAGUUUGUAUCAGAAGACUGUAUCUUGAAUGGUUUGUCAGGUUCCACGGACUUUGGAAAUGUUACAUUUGUAGUCCCAGGGAUUCAUCCUUAUUUUUAUAUUGGCUCUGAUGCAUUGAAUCAUACUGAGCAGUACACAGAAGCAGCAGGGUCACAGACUGCUCAGUUCUAUGCUUUGCGCACAGCAAAAGCUUUGGCAAUGACAGCACUGGAUGUCAUUUUCAAGCCAGGUCUGCUAGAAGAAAUCAGGGAAGACUUCAGACAGGUGAAGCUAAAAGAAGAGGGGCAAAUAAACCAAGUAGAGCCUAAGCAAGAAUCUGGUGUUGGCAUAGGAGCGUGUGCAUCACGCUAA